CGCGGCGGCGGUGACGCCCCAUAAAUAGCGGGGCCAGGGCGGCGCUCCCCACUCAGCGGCGGCGGCGCCCGUGCCCGCGACCCUGCCCGUGCUCCUGUCGGCGGCGGCUCCGGCUCCUCCUCCCGGGCUGUGUGAGGUUCAAGACCUGAAAAAAUGGCAUUGGCAGCAAUUGAUCCACAGCAGAACAUUGUAUCGAGGGUUGCCAACCUUCCUUUGGUGAGCUCCACCUAUGAUAUGGUGUCCACAGCUUACAUCACCACAAAGGAUAACUAUCCUUAUUUGAAGUCAGUGUGUGAGAUAGCAGAGAAAGGAGUGAAGACGAUUACAUCAGUAGCCAUGACAAGUGCUAUGCCUAUCAUUCAGAAACUGGAACCACAAAUUGUAGUUGCCAACAACUAUGCCUGUAUAGGUCUAGACAAAAUUGAAGAGAGACUGCCUAUACUGAAUCAACCCACUGACAAGGUUGUUGCCAAUGCCAAGGAUGUAGUUGUUGGAGCCAGAGAAGCUGUAACAACCACUGUGACUGGUGCCAAGGAAACUGUUGCUCACACAAUCACUGGAGUUGUGGGCAAGACUAAGGAAGCAGUGCAAGACAGCGUAGAAAUGACCAAGUCAGUUGUCAGUGGCAGCAUUAACACUGUCCUGGGAAGUCGUGUGGUGCAAAUGGUGAGCAGUGGUGUGGACAGUGCUCUCACAAAAUCAGAGACCCUUGUAGACCAGUAUCUUCCACUUACAGAAGCAGAACUAGAGAAAGAAGCUGCAAAUGUUGAAGGCUUUGAAGUUGGAGUCCAAAAGCCAAGCUACUAUGUUAGACUAGGAUCCCUGUCUUCAAAAGUCCGCACACGUGCCUACCAACAAGCCUUAAACAAAGUUAGAGAUGCUAAACAGAAAAGCCAGGAGACAAUCUCUCAGCUCCACUACACUGUUAGUCUGAUUGAGUAUGCCAGAAAGAACGUGAAUAGUGCCAAUAAGAAACUUCUUGGUGCUCAGGAAAAGCUUUAUCAGUCCUGGAUAGAAUGGAAGAAAAAUACAGGCCAAAGUGAUGGUGAUGAUCUGCGUAGUGCUGAGCACAUUGAGUCAAGAACUCUAGCUAUUGCACAGAGCCUCACUCAGCAGCUUCAGACCACCUGCCUCACACUGGUCUCAAGCCUUCAGGGGCUGCCACAGAAUGUACAGGAUCAGGUUUACAGUGUUGGGUCAAUGGCAGGUGAUGUCUACCAGAGCUUUCGGUCAGCAUCCUCUUUCCAAGAAUUAUCAGACAGCUUCAUUGCAGCUAGCAAAGGACAGCUGAAGAAAAUGAAGGAGUCUCUGGAUGAUGUGAUGGAUUAUCUUGUUAACAACACACCGCUCAACUGGCUGGUAGGUCCCUUUUACCUACAACUGCCUGGCAUUCAGCAUGCUGAAAGCAAAGGUGAAGGGGAGGAAAGUUCCAGCCAAAAAGACAAACAGCCUGAACACACUGCUGAACAAGCUGCAUAGCACACAUAUACUCUGCUGACUGACCAAAUGAGUGGCCUAAGUGUAGUUGGCAAAAAAAAAUCCAUUUUCACCGUUUUUUGGUGAACAAUUCAUAAAUACAGGAAUAGGGGAUUCUAGAGGCCAGGACACUUACACAUGGGUUGCAUUGUCCUGUGUAGUUAAGCCACUCUUAAAAGAGAUUCAAGUGCCUAAGUAUUGCUGCUGACAGUUGUCAAGAUGCCCUAUUAGUCUGUCAAGCGCCUCAUUGUGCUUCAGUGGUAUAAAUACCAUUAGUCUAAAUGAAACCCACCAUAGCUGAAGGCCUUUGAUUUUGUUGCCUAAUCUCUACCAGAAAGAUAUAAAAGCUUUACAUACUGUGAAAUGCAUUUAACAGCUCUACAGUCUAGCUAUGUACACUUGAAUGCUGUGUUCACUGCAGAUCCCACAUUUGAUAAAUAUGCAUCUGACUUUCAAAUUCUAUUGCUACAUCAUUCCUGACAAAAGUUCUGUGAGUGCAGAAUGCCAAAGCUGAAAGCGAGGUUUCUGAAUGAGUCAGCUGGAGUAAAAUGCUGUGGCAGUGUUAGCAUUAAUUGUACAAAUUUCAUUAUUGUAUUACACAUUAACAUGACCACAGAAUCAUAGAUUAUCUCAAGCUGGAAUGGACCAAUAAGCAUCAACAAGUUUGACUCCUGCUCCGUGCAGGACUAACUGAAAACUAAACUAUAUGGUUAAGAGCAUCAUCUAGAUGCUCCAUGAACACUGUUCCAGUGAUUGACCAAAUAAUUAUCAACACACUUUUUAAUAUGCAGUAUAAACAAAAGAUUCAUGCUGUUUGUACCAAAGUGCCUGCUAUUGUGUGUUUUUGUAGCUAUUGCUUUGUAACUCAUUUUUGUAUGUUAGUAAUAAAUGCUUUAGUAGUCAAAGCCUGUCUCCUUUGUUUUAAAACAGUCUAACUUGCUCUUCUGUGUCUCUCUCAAACUGGGUCCAGCAGAAAGCAAGUUUGACAUGCAAACGAUGUAGAUGUGCAUUGAAAAUGUUUGUGUAUGUAUUGAUGGAUAGAUAAGAUACUGCUGCACCAUUUCCUUGCUGUUGAAUUUCUGUGUAUCUACCCGUUGAGUCUUAGCUUUACUGCUGCUUUUGCUGAUCCUUGCUUUGUCACCUUUAAAGAUGACCUAAGCUGUGAGCUGCUGGAAGUUUUAAUAUUGAAAACAGAUGGAUGUGGACAAAAGAACCCUCUCAACCCUUCACAGUAGGUGUUGUAUGUGCUGGCCAUCUACCUGCUUUGUCUUCUGACUCCCUAUAAGCAGUGUUUACUUCUCAGCUGCAUCACCAUUUUAACUUUCUUUUCCUCUUGAACUUGAGUGACAAAUGUAUGUUAAUGCUCAGUUACUUAAGUGGAAUUGUUCUCACUAAGUCCUGUGAACACCUCCACUGGAAGAGAAGUAGUUUCUAAGAAAUAAGCUUUCUUGGGUUAGGGCUGUCCAGGUAAGUUGUAUCCUUUUCCUUGAUGCAUGCCCUGUACAACUUUGGAUCACAAUCAUCUAGUGUAGCAAUGCGAGCCACCAUUUUCAAAGAAGUUACCAAAUAGUGAGGCAAAAACACAGUUCAAAGAAAACUUACCACAUAGUCUCACUUUGCUACAUGGAACAAAUAUCUCCACCUGGUUUGAUGUAGGCACUAAAGCAGAUUACUUGUUGUCCAGCUGUUUAAUAUGAGAGGGUUAUCUGUUGGAUCGGGCUUGGCCUACAAGUGUAAGGAAGAUUGUUUUAAGCACAGUAUCAAAUGAAACUGUAGCAAAACAGGAUUGCAGGUAAAGAUUCUGUAGCUUACGGGUUUUAAUAUUCCCUUUAUAUAAGGGGAGUGUUUAACAUGAAAUAAACAUGAGAUGAUGAGACUCCUUUGCAGCUAGGGCCUGACUUAAGACUAUUGGAGACAUAGUGCUUUCAGGAAUAAAUUUAAGUUUACUAUUGCAUAGGUCCAGCAAGAAUAUCCUUUUUAUCUCCAUUUGCAAUAAUACUUGUGGAGUGAAUCCACUAUUAUAGAUUGCUCAGAAACUGAAUGGAACUAAUUAGUUGUGGGAGUAGUGGGCUGUUCAAAGAAGGGAAUUCCCAUUCUUCUAUGUGCGUUUUAGAGUCUAGUUGCUCUGGGACUUCAUCCUGAUGUGAUCAGUCAAAUAAAAUAUUCAAACUUUUCAAUGUCUUUUAAGGACUGAGAAAUAAACAGCAUCAUCUAGCAUUAAUGCAGGAGCCGUACAUUGUGUCUAUUCUGUCUUGUGUUGCUGGUUUGUAUUCUUGCAUGGCUGUCCAUCUUUACUAAAUCUCAGCAAGCAGAUGAAGUGGAAAUCAAGGAUGCUGUUGUGAUAGGUGCUUGUUUUGUAGGAUGCUGCCCACUCUGCAAAUGUUUUAAAGUUUCUGUGCACAGACACACAACCCUCCAACCCCCACUGGAAUUAGGAGCUCUUCCUUAGUGGAAGAGAUGAGUGAGUAGCAGCAAAUUGGUAUUUGCUACUACUGAUUUUUUAAAUAUUAUAAAAUUCUGUCAUUAAGAUUAUUAGAUUCUGCUAAUAAGGACAGCAUUGAAUAUUUAAACUGAUUUGCAACCGUACUUGCAUGAGUAUCUUAUCGCAGGUAAUUUAGCAUAGCAUAUUCCACACUUCAGUCUAACUGCAGCUCUACAGACAGAACUUAGGAUUUUUCUCUAGUGCAGCUAGAGAAAGGGACUAUUAACAUAUCCAGUGGAGGCAAGAAUGAUGCCUUCCAAAGUCUUGUCUUUUUGCCACUGUUUUUGACUGAAGCUGAUGUGCUUCCUCAAAAAUAAAAGAAGGGAAAGCUGAGAUACUGCCAUCUUACAUGUUUCUCUUAAAGUGUAUGUAUUGAACAGCUUAGCUGCACUGCACAAAAGCUUGCUUCCUCUUAGUCAAAAUCAUAUUUGAGGACAUAGCUUGAGCUAGAAAACUGAGGUUUCUCUGGAACCUUUUAAAAAAGGUAGGACCAGAUGUGUUGAAAAUUAUAGGAAGUAGAUUCAACUAUUUUCAACAAGGCAGGUAAACUAGAUUAAAUGGAAGAAUGUCAAAGGCUUCUAGUCACAUAAAACUUGGGGUGGUAAAGGUUAGAAUACUAACCUGAUAUUAAGAUCAUUAUCACUUGUAAAGUUAUUUAGGAUUUAUUUAGAAUUCAAAAAAUUACUUUUGCUCUUUUGGAGAUCACUCAAAAAUUGUUCAUGCUACCUCUUCCCAGGUGCAUUUUAAGAGAGAACUAUUAUUCUAUCAUUGCUGACAAUUGUUUUUUAGAAAAGCUUUCAAUAUAAGCAUUUGUAAAUAGGUCCAUAUGGUAUGCAAGUUUUGCAAACAUAUUUAUAUCAUUGGUCAAAGCCAAAUUAUAAGAUUUGUAUAAGGCCUGGAGAUGCAGUUAGUUUGCCUAAAUCUGAAGAAAGGUGUAAAGAUUUGGAAAUGUCUCCUAUUCUUCAAGAUUAAUAUUUUUGCAAUGAGCUUUUCCAGAAUUCAACUUAGGGUAAUAUUUUAUAGCUAGUAAAAUAGGUGAAAGGAUUUGGGAAUAUUUCUCAUUCAUUGUUUAAAAAAAGCAGUAACUACCACUAAAAGGCUUUUUUAAACCCUCAAAAAGAUGAAACGGAAUGAAAAUUAUUUUUAAGCAUGCUUGGUUAGUAGUUUGCAUGAUCAGAGAGUCUUACAUGCAGCAGAUUGCUGGAGGUAUUAUGCACAAUGUUUUGUUAAAUAAAUUUAUAUUUUUUUAUUGCCAAUUCAUGGCAAUUUUAUAUCUUUUGGAUAAUACAGUCUCUUGAUGACUAAAAAUAAGCGCUUGUUCUGAAAGCUCACAAAAUGAGGACACUGUGUCAAAAUGCUAGUGGCUCAGUUCUAAAAACUUAGCCCAACAACCAAACAGAUUGAAGUUUUUAGUAUUGACUUCAAUGUAUAUAUGAAGACAGCAAAACGCCAUAGUAUUUUUUUGCACUGUUCUAUGUAGGGAUUUUGCAAGUAUAUCUUUGUAAAUGAUUUACUGAGUCAUACAGAGAAAUUGCAUGAAGAAGAGUUUUAUCUAGUCUUUUUUAUUCAGUAAUUGAUAGGAAGUCGAAAGAAAACAGUGAGCCAACUGAAAGUAAAGAUCUUUUACAUAAGGAAUUCCAUAACACCAAGGGCUUUGCAUUGUUUUAGUUAGACUGGUGCAGAUAUAUUCCAAUAUAAUUUAGCAUGGUCAAAACUGAAGUGAGUUUUGACAGUAGGUUUUACUCAGAGAUGUACUCCAAUUUGAAGUUCUCUCAUGGCUAUCAAAAUCUUACAUUAAAGGAAUCGGGUUCUUCUGCUGCAUGCAUUAAGGAGAUGAAGAAAGCAGAAACUUAAAUUUGGGCAAUAUUUCUGUUACUAAGAACAAAAUGGAUGUAAGUAAUAAAAACCAAUUAAAUGAAUGAUAGAGAAAAUUCCUACUGGUCAGACACACUUAGUGGACGUGGCUGUGUCCUGGUCAGUGUAAAUACAUAAAACCAUUUGAGCAUGUAUGCAUAUAAUACAUAAAACUAUCCAUAUGGACUAUGGAUAAUCUUUUUAGGACAUCUCUAUUUGUACUGCUGUAUGAAAUACAAGAUCAUGUGCUGGUAAUGGAGAAAUCUGUUUCCUUGUCCAAGCACGGUAAUGAGAAUUUUAGGAAAACUGCCAUAAGUAAAAAGCUGCAAGAUAAUCCUUGCUGGUAGAAAGAGUGUUUCCUGCAUUCCCUAGUGCCUUUUUGAUCUUUUGGGAAACAAAAAUUACUGAUCUUAUUUUGAUCAAGCUUAAGUUUCCAACGUGGUAUAUGCAUUUCAUGGUAUUCAUAACAAUGCCUGGUUAGUCACAUGCUGCUUAAAUUCUUCUAAAGAUCAGUUUUAAUAAAAAAUUAGUAUUUCAAAGAUCCCUGGUGUCCAAUGACAACCUAUUCCGUAAGACCAGUAAAUUACUGUGCAGUGCUUCUGUGUUGUGUACAACCUGAUAGCUGAAGUAAUAGUCCCUUUAUUUGAUACGUUGUCUGCCUUUCUGACCUGUCAUCACGGCAGGCAAAGCAUAGAUUUUUCUUGCUUACUGUCUUUCAUUAAAGUAAGUCAUAAGAUGUUUUGCAGUUAGGGAAUGCAUUAAAAUGUCUCUUCAGUCAGUGCUGAGCUUAAGUUACAGAAAUGCCUACAAGCUGCUAUUGCUUUGAACAUGCAGAACCAAGGUCCUGUCAAAAUGCAGCAGUAGUUAUUUGCUGAUACUGUGUCUGGUUCCAAGUACAGCAUAUCACCAACAUUAAAACUGACCAUUAACCAUAUUACAGAUGUGAGUAUUUUUCAGUUGGGGCAAAAAACUUAUGAGUAAAUUGCUUAAUUUUAUCCCAUUUUUCAGAAGUGCCUAAGAAGUCCAAGUCCUACUAAGGGGACUUAAGGGUUGGUACUUAAGCUCCUAAGUGUCUUAGCCAACAUUUUUAGAAGUCUGUUAACAUCCAUGUAUCCACUGAUGUCUUUCUGGCAAUUCCUGAAACCCUAUGCUGCUUAGCAGUACAGAAUACUAUUCAUGCAGUUAAAACAGAGGCCAAAGCGAGACUGCAGUUCCAAGUAUUUGGUUCAUCAGAAAAGGUCUUAUGUAGUCGGCAGGCAGAGCAACACAGUAUCAAUCUGUACCAAUCUCCUCAGGGCAGAUAACUUUGUAUAGUCCAUUGCUUUGGUGAAAAGAAGAAAGGCAACAUUAGUUUGAAAACCUCCUUUCUUAAGUUUCCAGUCACUAGUUUCACUAAAUUCAGUCUACUACCUUCAGCUCUUUUCCAUCUCUACGAUAAAAUCUGACCUUCUGAGCAACUGCUUUCUUGUGUAGUAUUUGAUUUGUCUUAAUGGUUCCUGUUGCCUUUGUGUCUGAGCAUAUUUCACUCUGUAAUCCGGAUGUUUGGUCUGAUUUCUAGAAAUGCUGAGCACCUUUGUGUCCUGUCUUCAGUGAAGGAGUACUGCACAAAUAUUUUUAGUUUUACUUUUGAAUUGAUUGAAAUUUCAUUCCUACACAGGUUCCAGAUUUCGCUAUUACAGACCUGUCUUCAGAGUCAGAUGAUGUCCCAGACAUUUUGGAUUUGGAUGAAGAGGAUCAACAGGAUUUUUCACGCACAAAUGGUCCUUACACUACAGGGCAAAGAGCUGAAUAGAGAAGCAUAAAAAUGUCUUUUUGAUACAAUGUACCUUUGCCAUGUUUGAUUUAGAUUUGUCCUUUUUAAAGAUGAACCUGCCUAGUUUAGGGAUUAUGGGGAUACUUUUUUAAAAAUCAGUACUGUUUCACUUAGCUGCAUCACAAAUCUGGGUUUUUCAAUGUAAGGAAUGCAUGCUACAUUAAUUGGUUAGCACGGGUGUCAGGCUCCAGUUCUACAAGCCAGGUAGCCUAAUCAAUAUAUCCAACUAAUCUGAUUUUUAUUGGUGAUUUGUUCUGCUGGUAGCAGCCAUGAGAACACCCCAGUGCUUUGCAUACAGGGCUGCCAACAAAAGGAGUUGAUGAGGAUUUGCCCACUUUCAGUCUAUGUGAAAAGCAGUGCUGCAUCUACCUCUUUGCUGCUGGAAGGGGUAAGAGACUUUGUCUGUUGGAUUUUCUCAGGUACUUUUGUUAGGCUCUGCACCUACAGAGCUUAGACGCUUAGAGCUUUCCUUUGGCAAGAGUGCUUUAUGCACUAAAGGACUUCCUUUCUUUCCACAUGCCUUCUGUGUGCAAAUAUUAUGGCCAUCGUGAUGCUAUCAAUUGUGGCGCCUGAGACUAAAGGGAGUAAAUGCUUCAAUAUUAAAGUGUUUUGGGUAUAAGAAUAGCAUUUAAAUAAGAAAGGGGAAUAGAUUGUAAAAAGAAAGGAAAGCAAGAGAGUAAAGAGAUAAAGAUUUCAGACAAAAGAAAAUUUGGGAAAAAAGAGGGAAUUGAAUUUAAGAGUUCUGGCGACAGUUAUUUUUUAAAAAGUGUUGUAAUAAAAUCUCAAUCAGUUAUUUGCUAAGUGCUGGUGAGUCUUUUGCGCAUUUGCUCGCACACAGUAACUUCUCGAGGAGUUGGGGAGAGGGGUAAUGGGACUGGAGGCGGACUUGUUGACAUUUCUUUCCGAGGACCAGGCCGACCUGUCCGUGUGGGCCGCGUGCCUGCAGCGCUGCGCCGGGAGCUGCGGCCGAGGCCACUCUCUGCAGCCGCGGGCCUGCUGCGCCCUCAGCCUGGGACGCCUGGUCUUGUGAGGGCCUGCAAGUCUGGCCGCUGAAAUGCCUUGGAAUAAAAGUUUGAACCGCA